AUGUCUGACAACAACACUGUCACCCCAAACGAUGAAGUGGCCUCCGACACAUCCUCUAUGAUCGUUGAGACCGGCAAGUCCGACAUCAACGAGUCUUCAUCUACUCCCUCCACCAACUCAGGCGAGUCAAGCACUACCUCCCAACCUGUUGCAACCGUCCCUCCCACUCCCCGAGUCAUCAAGGUAGAGUGCGUCGGAGAACUUCGCCUCAUCGGUAUUCUGGACCCCCUCGACAGAGCACUCGGCUACUACUUCGACAACCCCCACGAAGACUACCUCGUCCGAAACGUAAUGGCCCACUCCAACCUCGCACUCCAAGCCAUUGUCUUCCAAGGUGAACGAGCUGCAGGUAACUGCAUUGCCCGGAAGCUGCCUUCGUUCUACCCCGGCCGGGCUAUUAGAGAAUUCCACUUCAACCUCCCCUUCCGCGUUGCAAACACCACCGCCCUCAGACAGCUGAAACUUCCUCUUGGUUUCCGACGGUGCUUCUUGGGACUGAAGCCAAAGGGUACGGUUGUGCACAAGUUGGCUAGGGAUGCGGAGUGUCCCCCGAAGUUGGUUAAGCGAUAUAAUAGGAUCUUUGAGGCUUGGAAGAACAAGAACGGUGCGCUUCCUGAGAAUAAGUGUGAUGUUGCGCUGAUGGUGUGGCCGCGUAUGCCGUAUUGUGAGGGUGGGAUGUCGUUGGAGUUUGUGCAGGAGCUUGAGGCUGAUUCUCUUGGAGGCACUGACGUGGUUCAGUACUGA